AUGGGUGCGGCACCGACGCGUGUCGACUCCAGGACAGUGUGCUUCACGCAGAAGACGCCACUGCGAAGUCCCCCCGCUGGAUUAGGUGGGUGGUGCACGGCCUGCACAGUAAGCAGGGAGCAGACCGACGAAGACUGGCAGCAAAGCCAUGUGUUCAAGCAUCCUCUCGCACCACUCCUUCGGGAGCUGUUCGACCUUCAGGACUUGGACUCGAACGGAUUGCUGGAGGAGUCAGAGCUCAUAGAGCUCAAUAUCGUGAUUGCCACGUUGCACUACGGUCGGGACAUUGACAGGGACAUGUUGCACAAGAAGUAUCAGUCACUUUUCAGACAGCGCCUGGAUCCCUUUGGCAGGGGCGUUGGAUUUCGGACCUUCCUCGAGUACAUGACGCAGGUCCUCGUAGACUACGACAAGGACAUGGCUGCUCAGGAGAUGAUUGUGGAGCAGUUCAUCGCAGAGGCGAACCUGGCCAGAGCCUUGCUGUCGAGUGGGGCAUGGUGCGAUUCGAAUAGGACUUCAGUCUAG